AUGACUAAAUACGACGACGGAAGUACAGUGAAGCAGCUCUUCAAAGACCUGGUCCCUUCCCCAACGCUUUUGCUCACCUAUCCUAUGUUCAUGGCCAAUGCCCGGCUUUUGGUGUACAAGGACCCUGAGUUGAUGGCUAUGCGAAAGGUUCAGAAGAUUCGGAUGCCUCUGGUGUUGCACAAGAUGAAGGAUAUUAAACAUGUCUACGGUGUGGCCGCACUGUACCGAGGAGCUGAUGUCAACAUCCUACACAGUUGUGCUAAAGUCUUCCUCAAGUAUCCUCUUACGAGCUGUGAUGUAGGCCCGAAGAAGAAGGCAGCAUAUAGAUACGCUGUGGAGUUCAUUACCUAUCCAUUGCUCUUGGCAACAGCUCGUAUUGCUGUGUAUGGUCAGGACCCAAUCUUGGAUUGUGGGUUGCAGCAGUGCUUCGAAGAAACUGUGAAGUAA